UGGGGGGGAUGGGGACAGAGGAGGACUCGAAGGAGCUGAUAUGUCCGCCAUCUUGAAGAGUCGGUGAUGGUGGCGAGCAGUACUUUUCCCGCCUGAGCGGGGGGGUCCGCCAGGAGGGGGGGAAGAAAUCGGCUUCAUCUUAACCUAAUUCAGCCUGCUAAUCUGCUAAUACUGUAGAUUUAAAGAUUUUGCUGCUGCCUGGAUACCCUGUAAUGGGCAAGGAGCCACAAAGAAUACAUUUUUUUUUUCUUUUUAAAUUUUUCUGUUAACAGCCCAGGCAGUGACUGAUUCCAGACACUCUUGUCUGUCUUAAGAUGGGUGCUAUAUUUCUGCAUGCAGGUCCCUGCCUAGCACAAAUUUGAAAGCUGGCAAUGUAAUUCAACCAUACACUACCAAAAGGCGUGGUCGAGGCAAGGAGGGCUGUUUUUGAAGGAAAGAAGGUGGCAGUUAGCUAUCAGUUCAGAAGGUUCGCUGAAGAGCUGAGUGAGAAGACUCCAAAAUAGUAAAGCAAUAUCAAGCCACUGGGGAAUUUAGACCAUGAGGUCACCAGUAUGUCAUUUCAGUGAGUUGGAGCACAAAGCCACCAGUAUGUAGAUGACAACCAUCUUCUGGCCUCUCUCCAAAUCGUCUGAAUCAGGGUCCUGGCCUCCUGUUGAAAAGUGAUGGAAUAAUCUGGUCAGCAUCUGCCAUAUUGAGAAACCAGCCCCUAAUACGGCUUGCCUGGGAGAAAGUUUGUGAAAUAACGCAGUAACAUGUUUGCAGUAACCAGCAUGUUUUGGAAAUUUGAUCUUCACUCAUCAUCCCACAUAGACACACUUCUAGAGAGAGAAGAUGUAACACUGAAGGAGCUGAUGGAUGAAGAUGAUGUUUUACAAGAGUGCAAAGCUCAAAACCGCAAACUUAUAGAGUUUCUUUUGAAAUCGGAAUGUCUGGAAGAUCUGGUAUCAUUCAUUAUAGAAGAGCCACCUCAAGACAUGGAUGAAAAAAUCAGAUACAAAUAUCCAAACAUAUCUUGUGAGCUGCUUACUUCAGAUGUUUCACAGAUCAAUGAUAGACUGGGAGAAGAGGAAUCAUUAUUAACAAAACUGUAUAGUUUUCUUCUAAAUGAGCCACCCCUAAAUCCGUUAUUGGCCAGUUUCUUCAGCAAGGUGCUAAGUAUUCUUAUUAGCAGAAAACCAGAACAGAUCGUGGAUUUCUUAAAGAAAAAGCAUGAUUUUGUAGACCUCAUUAUAAAGCACAUAGGAACCUCUGCUAUUAUGGACUUGUUGCUCAGGCUGCUAACAUGCAUAGAACCUCCACAGCCCAGGCAAGAAGUGUUAAAUUGGUUGAAUGAAGAAAAAAUAAUUCAGCGGCUUGUGGAAAUUGUGCAUCCUUCUCAAGAUGAAGAUAGACACUCAAACGCAUCCCAGUCACUCUGUGAAAUUAUCCGCUUGAGUAGAGACCAGAUGCUACAAGUACAAAACAGUUCAGAACCAGAUCCACUGCUUGCAACACUAGAAAAAAAAGAAAUCAUAGAACAGCUGCUAUCAAAUAUAUUCCAUAAAGAGAAAAACGAAUCAGCUAUAGUCAGUGCAAUUCAGAUAUUGCUGACCUUACUGGAAACGAGACGGCCAACAUUUGAAGGUCACAUAGAGAUUUGCCCACCAGGUAUGAGCCACUCAACAUAUUUGGUCAACAAGAGUGUAUUAGAAGCCAUAAAAGCACGACUUCCAUCCUUCCAUGAACUGCUCUUGGAGCCCCCCAAAAAAAGUGUUAUGAAGACAACAUGGGGUGUAUUGGAUCCACCUGUAGGGAACACCAGGUUAAAUGUGAUCAGAUUAAUAUCCAGCCUUCUACAGACAAAUACAAACAGUGUAAACCUGGAACUUAUAGAGCUCAAUAGCAUAGGAGUUAUACUGGACAUGUUUUUUAAGUACACAUGGAAUAACUUUUUACAUACUCAAGUAGAAAUUUGUAUUGCAUUGAUUCUCGCAAGUCCAUUUGAAAGCACAGAAAAUGGUACAAUUUCAGAUCAGGAUUCCACUGGAGACAACCUUUUGCUGAAACAUCUUUUCCUUAAGUGCCAUUUAAUAGAACGAAUACUUGAAGCAUGGGAAAUGAAUGAGAAGAAACAGGCUGAAGGAGGAAGACGAUAUGGCUACAUGGGUCACUUAACAAGAAUAGCUAACUGUAUUGUGCACAGUACGGAUAAAGGGCCAAAUUGUACAUUAGUGCAGCAGCUUAUUAAAGAGCUUCCAGAUGAAAUCAGGGAGCGAUGGGAGACUUUCUGCACAAGUUCUUUAGGAGAAACAAACAAAAGAAACACAGUGGAUCUAGUUACUACUUGUCAUAUACAUUCAUCCAGUGACGAUGAAAUUGAUUUUAAAGAAACUGGUUUCUCGCAGGAUUCCUCUUUACAGCAAGCCUUUUCUGAUUAUCAGAUGCAACAAAUGACGUCCAAUUUUAUUGACCAGUUUGGCUUCAACGAUGAGAAGUUUGCUGACCAAGAUGAUAUCGGCAAUGUUUCUUUUGAUCGCGUAUCAGACAUCAAUUUUACCCUCAAUACAAAUGAAAGUGGCAAUAUUGCUUUGUUUGAGGCGUGCUGUAAGGAGAGAAUACAGCAGUUUGAUGAUGGUGGUUCCGAUGAAGAAGAUAUCUGGGAAGAGAAGCAUAUUGCUUUUGCACCAGAAUCUCAGAGAAGAUCCAGCUCAGGCAGUACAGACAGUGAGGAGAGUACAGAUUCUGAAGAAGAGGAUGGAACAAAGCAGGACUUGUUUGAGUCAAGCACCAAUACAGAAGACAAGAUGGAAGUAGAUUUGAAUGAGGCACCUAACUGGUCAGCUAACUUUGAUGUUCCUAUGGAAACAACACAUGGUACGAAUCUGGAUUCUGUUGGGUCUGAUGUUUGGAGCACAGAAGAGCCAAUGCCAGCAAAAGAAACUGGCUGGGCCUCCUUUUCAGAGUUCACAUCUUCACUAAGUCCAAAAGAUUCCUUAAGAAGUAAUUCACCCGUAGAGAUGGAAACCAGCACAGAGCCCAUGGAUCCUCUGAGUGCAAAUGUAGCACUUGCAACGCAACCAGAAGCUGCAGGAAGCAUUGCAAUGGAGGCUGGUUCUGAUGGAGAAGAUGAUGUAGAAAAUGCAGACAAGGUGACUGAAACAGUAAUGAAUGGCAGUAUGAAGGAGACCCUUAGCCUUACUGUAGAUGCUAAAACUGAAACUGCUGUCUUCAAAAGAGUGUUGAAAUCCUAUCGUGAGGAAGGAAAAUUGUCUACCUCGCAAGAUGCUUCUUGUAAAUACGUGGUGGAGGAGAACACAGAAGCUGCAGAAGAAAAUCCUGUCACUCCACAGCCUGCUAGCAGCAGUCUAGAACAGAGGACUGAUCAACAAGCUCUUCUAGCAGAAGCAUCCGUUAAUGGCCCUGUAUGAUAUGUGAUAUUGACUGCUGUUGGCUGAAGAACAUGAACUGAUAUGCAAGGAUUUAUGUCUCUUGAGGAUUUCAUCUAGAGUAAUUUUGGAGCCAGUCAAUGCUGCACUAAUUUCGCAAGGGAUCAGGACCAGCAACAUUUAUAUUCUAGAUUUUAAGACAUUGUACAGAAAUUCAUAAGUGUAAAAAUUGCACAUUGAGAAAUACCAAGAAAUUUUUGCGUAUGUUUAUAAUUGUAUUGUUCUAAAUGAUGGGUGGCCUGUGAAAUAAGAUCUUGCCACCCUAGUAACAAAAGUAGUGAUACUAUAGUUAAAAUGGCUGUAAGAAUAGUUUUAUAAAAAAGUGAAUACACAAAUCUAAUGUAUUUGAGGCAUAACUAUUUGACAAUUAGUGACCAAAGUAUUUAGCAGUUUUCAUAAUAUUUCACCCUAAAAAUAUCUGAAGUCCAUGUUUCUUUCAGUUUGGCAAAGAAUUGUUCAUCUGCAAUGCCCUUUAAAUGUUUUGGUUUUAGAUUUUGAAAAAUGAUUUUAAAAGAAUUUUGGUGUUCAACAUUUUACAGCAGAUUUUCAAUUGGUAAUUGUUUUCUGUAUUGUUUAAACCAGAUCAAAAUGUAAGUCUAUGGGUAGAGAUUUUAAGUAUUUAUUGCUACAAUUUAGUUGACAAAUUGAUGUUACUGUAAAGCCAUACGUUCUGUUAAGUCUUUGUUUGCUUGAAACAAUACCUUACAGGUGAAACACUAGAAUAUUUUUGAAGUGCACAUGGCUUGUUGUGUAUUUUAAGUGAUUCACCUUUUUUAACCCAUUCACCAAGAUGUACUUUAAUUCAGAGCAUUAUAAAAUUAAACAUUUUUGGAACAAUCUUCAUAUUUAAAACACUGUAAUCCUUUUGACAAAUCAACUAAAUAUAAUGAAAUGCCCAUGCUGCUCAUGUAAUUACAGUUCAUGUGUUUUAAAGGUAUAUCUUUUAAAUAUCAAAAUUGGGCACUUGAGCAUGUUAAUUGUUAUACUUUCACUGUUUUGAUCUGUGUGAAGUUUUUCAUUUGUAAGUUUUAAACCAGUUUUUUUUUCAUAACUGGCUUGUGUAUAUAUAUAUAGUGAUUAUGGAAACUAAUUGUAAUUUAUAAUUUUCUAUGUCAUAAAAUUCCAACCGCCUUCUCAAACAAGCAAUAUAAUGUAUAUUGCCACAUUGUCUGGUGAAAGGGUUAAAGUACUUCACCUCUUGCACUUUUAGAUGCAAAUCCAUUUUUAUUUCUUUUCAUAGAAAGUUAGUCAUUUAUUUUUACAUCAUUUGUUUUCCUGACCAGUAUUUAAAAGCCAAAAGGAUACUCUAAACAAUGGCCAAUGACUUAUUUUAGAAAGUGUCCCAAGCUAUGUGCCUAAUACUACAUUGCAUACAGAAAUAAAGACAAAUGUAUACUGGUACUUCA